AUGGCAGAUUCCGCGGAGACGACCAACAAGAAGAGAGACGGCCAUGUGCCGUCGCCUCUGCAGUCCCUGAGCAGCUCCACAGCUUCACUUGGCCGCUCACCGCCCCCGGGACUCGCAAUGGGAUCCAGCCCCAGCCCGCACACGCACCGCGGGAGCUUCGCAGAGCAGAUGCGCGGCGGCCCUGGCUCUCCGCGCGCUUCACGACAGCCCUCGCUGUCGCAGCAGGCCUUUCAGGACCUCAUCAACAACCCACCUACCAAAGCCGGCGAUCCCAAGUUCCACGGGCGCGACUGGUCCACCGUCCGGCUGGGCGAGAUUGUCGACCCGUCGCUGGUGCGCUUCGUCGAGUACGACACGAGCGUCGAGGAUGCCACGAGCCUCCUCGUCACGUCUGGCGCGCCCAACGUCGUCCUGCUCCGCGAAGACGCCAGCACCCGCCACGCAAUCGGCACCUUCGACUACAGCGACCUGAACGCAUACCUCCUCCUCGUCGUCGGCCUCGCACACCCCGAGGAGCAGGACGUAGCCUCGUUUGACGAGCUGGCCAAGAAGGGCCGAGAGGGCAAGCCCAUCCCGCUCAAACACGUCAAGGACCUGGGCAAGAAGGAGCCGCUGAUCACCCUGCCCCACACCGCCGACCUGACCAAGGUUAUGGAGGUGUUUGGCAGCGGCGUGCAUAGGGUGCUCGUCGCCAAGGAGGGCACUACGGAUGUCAUUGGUAUACUGACACAGCUGAGGAUGGUCCGCUUCUUCUGGGAGAACAGGCAGAGCUUCCCGGGAGUAGACCAGCUGUACCCACAGCUACUCAAAGACCUGAACAUAGGGCAGAAGCAGGUUCUGGCCAUCAACGGCGACAAGCCCCUAGCCACUGCUCUCGAGCUCAUGUUCAACGAAGGGGUAUCCUCCAUCCCAGUCCUCGACGCACAAAACAACGUCAUUGGUAAUAUCUCCCACGUCGACGUUCGACUCCUCACAAAAUCAACCUCCCUUCCCCUCCUCCGCUCCUCUUGCAUCCACUUCAUAUCCGUAAUCCUCUCCGAACGCGGCGUCAACGACGGCAAGGACUCGUUCCCCGUCUUCCACGUGAACCCCUUCAGCACCCUCGCGCACACGGUCGCCAAACUCGUCGCAACCCGCUCCCACCGCAUGUGGGUCGUUGACACGCCCUCGCCUGCGUCGUCAGGGCCUUCGACACCAGCAAUUCAACCCACCAUCCUCGUCCCCCCAUCGCCAAUGACGCCCCUGCCAGUGUCUCUGAGCGGUCCCACCCCUGUCAGCACAAUGGCGCCAACCCAUCUCGCAGGCACAGGCGCCGUCGCCCCCGCCAUCUCGGCCAGCGCCAUGUCAGGCGCGAGCUUAUCUGGCAGGCUCAGUGGCGUGAUCAGCCUGACGGACAUUUUGAAUGUGUUUGCGCGAGCGAGCGGCCUGCAUCCACACGACCCAGAUGAGGCGCGUCGGGCGAGGAGACGGUCCAGUUCGAGCAGCAUGCGGACGAGCAUGGAUAGUUCGCGGAGCGAGAGCGUGUCUGGGAUCGCCGGCACGUCUGGGAGAAGGAGCAGCGUCAGCGAGCGGGACCGGACAGCGAGCGUGCAGGGCCUGGGAGCUUCGCGGGGGAGGCUCGCGUAG